CGAGUGUACCAGUUAUAUGCCAUGGCUAAAAGGACAGCAAUGUCUAAGCAGGAACUGGAAAAUUUUAAGGAGGAAUUAAAAUCUUUCCAGCAACGCAUCACUAAACAUGAGACUCUGAAAGAAAUGGUGAUGCAGUCGAAAGAGUAUUUUGACAAACAAGUUGAUGAUGGCAAUUAUCCGAAGAAACACACAGAUUUAGUAAACAAGGCAAACCAUUAUGAACAUGUGGUCAAGAAACAUCACAAUGAACUUUAUCAUCGAGUGGACAGCAUGAUAUUUAAACACACAGAACUUUAGAAUUUCCACAUUUUGGUUUGUUUUUGCCUUUUUCUUUUGUUUUUGUGUCUUUUCUUUUUUUUGUCUCUUUCUCAAUCUUCUACCCAUGCCAUGGAGGACUCAGUAGCCUUCUGCUCCAUGUGAAAUCUCAUUCACUUCUUUCUUUAUAGAGACUGUUAUCCGAUAAAAGUCUGUGGAACCAAAGAAAACGCUGAUAUUCUGUGCACCAUCAGUGACAGUAAUAUUAUUCCGUAGCUGGAAGUUUAUAAAAGAGAUUCACAAGCUCAGUUGCUGCGAGGGGUCGAGAAUCUAACAUUUUGGCUCAGGAGAAAGUGAGGUUUUGAUUUUAAUUUUUCUGACUCUCAAACAAAGAGUAAGAGUCUGAAGUCAUGAAAUUCUUGACUCCUUGCACCAAUUUAGGUUAUUUUCUACAAACUGUUAUACGUCCUUCUAUUUCAUAAUUUUAAAUCCUCCACUGAGGUCUACUUUGCCCUUUAUCCAUUUAGGGUCAAUAAAAUAAGGUAUCAGUCGAGCACUGGGGUCAAUGUAAUUGACUAGCUUCCCCCUUCCUAAUUUUAUAAAUGGUUAUUAUUAUUAUUAUUAUUAUGGUGGCGAGCUGGCAGAAUUGUUAGCUUGCUGGACGAAAUGCUUAGUGGUAUGUCGCCCGUCACUGCGUUCUGAGUUCAAAUUCGACCAAGGUUGACUUUACCUUUCAUCCUUUCAGGGUCGAUAAAAUUAGUACCAGUUACACACUGGGUUGAUGUAAUCAACUCAACCCCUCCCUCAAAAUUGCUGCCCUCGUGGCAAAAUUUGAAACCAUUAUUAUUAUUAUUAUUAUUAUUACUAUUUUAUUUUUGUCUAAAGAAUCUUGUUUAUAAUACAAAAUUAGAGAUUAUUUGCAAAGUUCAAUGUUAAGGAAGCGGGUUAGGGUUGGUGAGUGUGGUCGUAGCUUAUCAAUCUGCCAAAUAGCAAUCUCUGUCUGUCGCAUUUAAUAUUCAAGCACCCAGGAGUAUGACUGGAUGGGUCUGUUUUUAUAUUGUUAUUUUUAAAAGAAACACAAGAAAAAUAUUUGGAAAAAAAAAGACAAACAGAAAAUGAGAUUAUUUAAAAAAAUAUUUGCAACAAGAUUUUUUUGUGUUAACAGAUUAAAAACUGGAAUAAAAGAAAUGUUGAACUAGAAAUUUCUCUCUCUCAAAUAUAUAUAUAUAUAUAUAUAUAUAUAUAUAUAUAUAAUGCAUGCACAUACACACACAUUUGUACACACACACACAUCUAUAUAUCAUAUCUAUACACACACACACCUAUAUAUAUAUAUAUAUAUAUAUACACACACACACCCACACAUAUAUAGUUUUAGGGAAAAUAACCAAGUUUCAAGAACUCAUCGAUGAAAAUCCACUAUCACAUAUAGAAAAAUUAACAAUUAAAAACACAAUAAAUGAGUAUAAUAUAAAACAAAUUAAAUAUCAUAAGAUAAAGAUAAUAAAAUCUGUAAUUUUGGAUUUUGUCCCUAAUAUUAUUAUAUGUAUCUAUCUGUCUGUCUGCCUGCCUGCUUGCCUAUCUAUCUAUCUAUCUAUCUACAUACAUACUUAUAUAUAUAGUUGAAAUUUACAGAAAAACAAAAGAUGAUGACAGGUGUACAAACAACAAGCAGGUGUAUUAGUUUGACGCCCAGGAAAGUGGGAAAGUCUUUUACAUUUCGAGCCAAAGCUCUUCAACAGAAAGGAACACAGAAAUAAACAGAGAGAAUUAAAAAACACUUGUGGAUUUAGCAAUCAAUAAAUAUAUAUAUAUAUAUAUAUAUAUACAUAUAUAUAUACAUACAUACAAAUAUAAAAGCUAUUAGUGACAAUAAGUAUUGGGUUUACAAAGAAUAAGUCCUGGAGUCGAUUUGUUUGACUAAAGGCAGUGCUCCAGCAUGGCCGCAGUCAAAUGACUGAAACAAAUAAAAUAAUAGAAUAUAUACACACAUACACACACGUGUGUGUGUCUGUCUCCUUUAUAGAUUUAUAUAUAUUCAGGGAAAGUUUAUUUUUAUUUGCUUUGUCUUUCUUUUAGCUUUUUGUUAAUGAUGUUUCGCAGUUGUAAAUGGCAGUCGGUGACUGGGUAGUGGGUAUCUCUGAAUUCAGUGAAUAAAUGAACCGAAUGCUUUAUUUUGAUAAAUAAACGGAAUAAUUGUAUCACUUUUAAA